GGACAACGCAUUCCACUCUGCCCUGCCCACUAUGCACGGGAAUCAUAUAAGAGGAAGAAGGAACGAAGAAAGAAAAGAGAGAAAGAACUUAAAGGAGUUUAUAGGUCUAUGGCUGUGAAUCACAUUUCAAAAUUGUCAAAACCAAGUCUAUUUACUGAUUAAUCACCAAUCCACUACCGAAAAGAUUUGCUGUUCACCGGACCACAGAGUAGUAGUAUGUUUUCUGUGGUUUAUAUAUACGCAGAAUGGUCAUUUCCACUUUAAUUCACGGGCAGCGAUGAUAAUUAUUGAUGAUCUAUUAUCAUACUGUGGUUGUCGAAAUCGCCUGUAAGCACCUGUCUGUAUUGCUUUUUCUGCGGUACAUCUUCAUCGGUCAGUGGUUUUCAUCAUCGUCAGGGUCCGAGACAAUCAUUGUAAAAUCAAAAUGAAUAAUCAUGAGUCAGAUCAAGACAAUAACAAAAAACAAGAACCUCAAAUUGGUAUUGAAUUAUAUGGCAGUGUAAUUAAAAUUCCACUAUCAACCUUCAAUAAUAUUAUAGAAUGUGUAGUCACAAAAUAUAUUUUGGGAAUUCAGAAUAACAAGAAGGAUAUUAUUGGCCUAAAUGAUUUGGUAAAUAAUCAGCCUUGGAAAAAAAAAUAUAAUGAUUGUAAGACUCGUGCCACAAAUUUAAAUUUUAUUGAAAAACAGUUGGAGAGAGAUUUAAAAAUAAAUAUGUUUGCACAACCAAUGAGGUGUCUUUCUGGUUCGGUUAAGCAAUAUGUUAAAAUUACACCGAUCAUCAAAGCGAAAAUGGCCAGAGAUGCAUUUAAGAAUUCUAAGAAGAAAUAUCAAAUAUGUACUAUAUCAGAUAGUGAAGAUGAUUGCAUAAUAACUGAUACGUCGAAUAUCAAAUCAAUACAAACUAAAAAUGAUAAUAUUAUUGAUUUUAUUGAUUUAGAUAAUGAUACCCAAAACUUGGAGGUUAAAUAUAAGCCAGCUCCGAAAUCGAAAACAAAUUGUAAAUCAUAUAGUGAAGAUGAUGGCAUAGUAACUGAUACGUCAAAUAUCAAAUCAAUACAAACUAAAAAUGAUAAUAUUAUUGAUUUGAUUGAUUUAGAUGAUGAUACCCAAAACUUGGAGGUUAAAUAUAAGCCAGCUCCAAAAUCGAAAACAAAUUGUAAAUCAUAUAGUGAAGAUGAUUGCAUAAUAACUGAUACGUCAAAUAUCAAAUCAAUACAAACUAAAAAUGAUAAUAUUAUUGAUUUGAUUGAUUUAGAUGAUGAUACCCAAAACUUGGAGGUUAAAUAUAAGCCAGCUCCAAAAUCGAAAACAAAUUGUAAAUCAUAUAGUGAAGAUGAUUGCAUAAUAACUGAUAUGUCAAAUAUCAAAUCAAUACAAACUAAAAAUGAUAAUAUUAUUGAUUUGAUUGAUUUAGAUAAUGAUACCCAAAACUUGGAGGUUAAAAAUAAGCCAGCUCCGAAAUCGAAAACAAAUGUUUCUAUACCAGAUCUUAAAAGCAAUGAUAAUAAUAAAGUACUGCCAAUUAAUACUGAAGCCGGCAAAACUUUAAGUAAUGGAGAAUUUUUAUCCACCACUAUACAUAAACGGAAACCUGAGCCAAAAUCAAAGACAAUGUUUGUUAGUGAUAUGAUGGUUCCUUUUAAUGCUGAAAAUGAGGAAAUUCCUGGGAAAAAAAUGCGUUUAUAUGAGUAUAAAGUUAUUAAUAACAAGGAAUCAAACACAAUAAAUUGUAAUUCAGUAAAGAAAUUAGAAGUUCCUGAAAACUAUAACUAUAAUUUAAAGUCAUCAAAUUUAAAGUGGAUACCACCACCACCACCAUAUCUCUUAAUACCACAACAUAGUAAUAAUUCUUCAUGGAAAAACGUGCCACCAAUACCUAAUAUGACAAUCAAGGUUUCAGGAAAUAAAGUGACUUUAACUUGGGACUUGAAUUUGACUUGUGAGACGGCACAGAUCAAAAUGUAUGAACUAUUUGUAUACCAAGAGAAAGAUUCACCUCCAAACAUCUCUACGUGGAAAAAAAAGGGCAAUAUAAACGCAGAAUUGUUGCCUAUGUGUUGUGAACUAGAAGUGUUUGAUUUAGGAUAUAUUUACCAUUUUGCUCUAAGAGCGGUGGAUAUCCACAACAGAUGUGCACCUUUUGCUGUUCAAAAAACUAAGAUUUAGAAUUUCAAGUAUAAGUGUUUUAUUUUAACUUUUUAUUAUAUCUAAAAUAUUAUUAGCCAAUGAUUUAAAUAUUGUAAAAUAUUAGUUUAAAACAGUUGAUAAAUCUUUUUUUCUCAAUGAUUUAAUGAUAAGUAGGUACUUAUAUAUUUUUUAAUUGUAGGCUAUUAUCACUUUUUGGAUUUGACUGUUAACUUUUGUAUAUUGAUAUCUGGUUCAAAUAUAAUAAAUA